AUGAAGAGGAAUGCAAAAAGGACACUAGAUGCUGCUCCACUAGAUGCUGCUCCACUAGAUGCUGCUCCACUAGAUGCUGCUCCAUUGGAUGCUGCUCCACUAGAUGCUGUUCCAUUGGAUGCUGCCCAACUAGCUCGCUUCACUCCCUAUUUGUUACGGUAUAUACUCCCAUCAAAAACAUCAGCUACAACGCUAUCUAAAAUCAAACAAUCUAGAGAAUUUGACUCAAGUUUUCACCAUUAUAUAAAGGAAAAAAUAACAAAUUCCGGUAAUGGUGAUGGUGACAAAAUACUGAUAGAUAAAGCUAAAGAGAUUUUGCAAGAAAUUGAAAAUUUAAAGGCCAACGGUGGCAAUGGGCUAGAUAAUAUCAUCAAUAUUCCCCAACGAGAAGAAAUACCCGACUUUCACCAAUAUGAUCCAAAUUUCACAUUUGGCCUACUUUUGAAAUAUAUCAAUGAAAAUUCCUUCACAGAUUUGGAAAUACCGGUAUUCCAUUGGUCAGACUACUGUGAUAUGUCGGUGCUAAAUGAGUAUUUCUACAAACUAGAGAAAGACAAGUGUAAACAAUUCACUGUUAUCAAAAAAGAUAAGAAAAAGGAUGAUUCACUUGAUCCUAAAGCAUACUGUAUCAAUGAUUUCGAACUCGAUUCAAUUUUAUCAACACCUCAAUCCAGGCCUCAGAAUCAUGACCCCUUUUUCAUAUCAAGAGUUCAGAGCUUAAAUGACUCUUUGCAGUUCAAACAAGAUCAAUUGUCCACUGGCUUCCACAUUUUUGGUUUCUCUGGUAGAAACACAAAAAAAUUAAGACCAAUCAUUGCCAAAUCUUAUCUUUAUGAUUUUAUGAAAUCUCCGUUAUCGUUAACUUUAUUAUUACCAGAAAACAAGUCAAUGCAAAUUAAUGUAAACCAACAAGAACGGAAAAAAUUGCAUAAUUCUGUGCUUUUCCAAUCGGGACAAAUAAAUGUAAGAGAAGAAAUUGAAAAAUUGAGUCGCAAAUUAGAGCCUGAUUUCAUCACAUUGCCAAAUGAGAAACACCUUGAUCAAACCCAGUUUUCUGACCUGACUGUUGAGAAGAUUAGUCAAUUAGAAAAAAUUAAAAACAAGCUAAAUCAAACAGAUUUGAAUUACCUCAAUUCUCUCAAGGCGUCAAUUACUUGUGAAAAUCCACCCAAGUAUUUUCGUGAAGCAAAUAUCGUUAAAAGUGAACCAAAUUUUUUUGUGGGAGGUCACUAUGAUUGGAGAUUUAUCAAUGAUAUAAUUAAUGGAUCUGAGCAACAUGUGCUUUCAAUAAAUGGUUUAGUAACUGCAUUUUUAAAAUUCACUAAUCAAUAUGGGUUAUCAGCUUGGGUAGCUCAUGGCUCGCUUUUAUCGUGGUACUGGAAUGGCAUGCAAUUCCCGUGGGACGGUGAUGUAGAUGUGCAAAUGCCAAUUGAAGAUUUACACAAAUUAUCACGGUUGUUUAAUCAAACUAUAGUAGUUGAUUUUGGUAAUGACUUGGAUCAAGAGAUUAGAUUUGGUAGGUAUUUUCUAGAUUCUUCUACAUUUAUCUCACAUAGAGUUAGGGGGAAUGGAAGAAACAAUAUCGAUGCUAGGUUUAUCGAUAUGAAUACCGGAUUUUACGUUGAUAUUACUGGAUUGGCAUUAAGUGAUACCAAAGCACCAAUAAGAUAUGACCAUUUGGUGAAAGGCACUAGAUGGGAUCGGGAUCGAAACAAGAAGCUUGAGAAAAAAAUGUCCGAAUUUGAAAGAAACACCUUUUUACAAGUUUACAAUUGCCGUAAUUUCCAUUUUGCAAGAUUUGAUGAAUUGAACCCAUUAAGACUAUCGCUAGUUGAAGGCGAAUAUGGCUAUAUUCCUUCCAAGUUUGAAGAUAUGGUUCGGAUAGAAUAUAAGGAGAAAUCACUAACUGAUACAAGUUACAAAAGGCACAUUUUUAUACCCAAAUUGAGACUUUGGGUGUUGAAGGAUCCCAUGGCCGAUUUCAUAUUCAAGGGAAAUGUUUCAGAAAAGAAGAAAUAUGCACAAAAACAAAUCCCAUUAGAAGUUAAUCUAACAGAUGAAGAAUACUAUGAGUUUUUAUUUAAGGAAAAACCAAUAAUGAAGGAGUUUCUAAUUACCCAAAAUGUCACAAACUUGCAUCAAGAAGAGCUAUAUCGAAUUUUUCAACAAGCGAAACCAAGUCUGUUUUUUGUUGAUAAUGAGUUGGGCACUAAUCUCAACAAGAGACGAAAUUUGAGACAUGAUUUCUUUACUAAUUAUGUAAAAGAGCUGAACUAUAGAUUCACUUUCCGCAGAUUUGCAUCUCAUUAUGCGCCAUCCAAGUUCUUAAACCUGCCAGCAUACAAGCCAAAUCCUGAAAAAGGAGCCAAAUUCAUCAAGGCAUACGAAGAGAAGGUCCAUCAUUCCGAGUCAAUUACCAAUUUAUGGAAGAAGAUGACUUAUCUUGUAGCUAUUCCAGCAAUUUUAUUGGUUUCCAUCCCGGUUGCUAAGGUUGAAAUGAGCCACGCUGAGCACAGAAAACAUCAAAGACAUUUAUCUGAUGAUGAAUGGCCUACCCAAUAUGAGUAUCAAAAUAUCAGAUCAAAGCCAUUCUUUUGGGGUGAUGGUGACAAAACCUUGUUUUGGAAUUCCGACGUUAAUAGACAUGUCCAAAAGAGCUAA